GAGAGAGAGAGAGAGAGAGAGCACCGGAGGGCCAUGGCGACUGAGAUCCAGGGCUACUACGAGGACGGCACCACGGUUGUGUCGUUCGACGAGGACUACAUCGACACGACGCUCACGGACUCCGGCGACGUGGUGGACUGGUGGGUGGCCGAGACCUACCGCAUGCACCGCCGCGGCCACGUCGCCGGCCUCGACGUGGAGUGGCGCCCCGCCGGCCGCGCGCCGCCCGGCCCCGUCGCCGUGCUGCAGGUCUGCGUCGACCACCGCUGCCUCGUCUUCCAGAUCCUCCGCGCCGACUACGUCCCGGCCAAGCUGUCCGCCUUCCUCGCCGACCGCCGGUUCACCUUCGUCGGCGUCGGGAUCCGCGACGACGCUGCAAAGCUGCGGGCCGGGUACGGGCUGCGGGUCGCGAGCGCGGUGGACCUGAGACGCCUCGCCGCCGACGCGCUCGGGAGGCCCGACCUGCUCCGCGCGGGGCUGCAGGCGCUGGUGCUGGAGGUGAUGGGCGUGCAGAUGGAGAAGCCGCACCACGUGCGCGUGAGCGCCUGGGACGCGGCCGCGCUCUCUUACGACCAGCUCAUGUACGCCUGCGCCGACGCGUUCGCCUCGUUCGAGGUCGGCCGGAGGCUCUACGACGGCGACUACUAGGGACUCUAGGCUCAAGGGCUGUGCCGUGUCUGUGUGUGUCCGGUUUCGUAGCUUUGUUCGUGUUGCCAAGCGUCCCUCCUCUGUUCCGCUUCCGCGUCGUUAGGGCCUUUUAAUCUGCAACUCUUGGCAUGUAAUUGUUCUGCUUUUGUUAUCCUUAAAUCGCUCGCUCGUGUU